GAGCCCCAGGUCCAGGCAGCUCGCUCGGAGCCACCGAGUCCCUUUGCAGCAAGAAGAGAGACGCAGAGGCGUCUCUCCACUUUGAAGUGGGCCCCCAACCCUGUGAGGCUUUCAACAUAGAAAUGUAAUUAGCUCCCAGUUUUGUUUUUGUUUUGUUUUUUUACCUAAUGUGGGUGACAUUUGGGGCAGAAACCCAGUCCUGUAUAAAUAUCUGAAGCAACAGGAGCCACAGAAGCACUGAGGCUCUGGCAGCUGAAGACACAAGUCAUGAACGUCUUCCAACGUUUCCUCCUCUUCCACUGUUUACUCCAGCUUACCUCGAGUGGGGUGUUGAGCAGAUAUAUUGAUCGGACAAACCUGAUCUCACGACUGUGCUGCAGGAGGCAGAGUCACUUUGUGUGCAUUGGACAAGACAUUUCUGGUAGAGCUGUGAGCGUAGAUGUGGGAUUGUGCCGGUCACACUGUGGGGUGACCAUAAGACCACCACAUGAAGCAGGACAGCAGGAAUAUCUAAAACAUUCAUCAAUGCUGGAGUUUCUCAAGAACAAAAAGAUGAGAACCCACAGACCUGCUCCGUCAGACGGCCCAGAGGGUUUGAACCAGCAGGUGACGUCAUGCGGGGUGAACCAGGUGUGCGAGCCGGCCGGGGUGCGCGUGGAGCGGGUGCUGCUGUUUGAGGGGCCCCGGGAGGUGGAGGUCAUCCAGGAGUGUCACUGCGAGAUGAAGCUGACCCAGUGCGUCCGAGUCCCAUCACUGAAGACUUAUUACUCUGGAACACCGUACGAGACGGUGCUGGAUGUGGGAAGAUGCUCCUGGUCCAAAGGAUCCCAGGAGGGAUUCUCCUGUGUUCCCAUCAACUUUGACUCAGCGUUGUUGGAAAGCCCAAACAAAGUGGACCUGAUCCGGACCGUGGCGUCCUGCGAGCUGAAGGAAAGCUGCUACAGGGCUCCGUUUGUGGAGCAUCAUUACGAAAUAGACAUCCACGCGGAUGGAGUGAAAGAAGAAAAGCUCAAAGAAGUAGACGUGGGCAGAUGUUUGGGAGGCUGCACAACAGGAAGCCGGUGCCUUCUCAGGAACCCAAAUGAUGCAGAAAUGUGUCUCUUGUGGUCUGAAAGUGUGCCCAGCUCCUGUGUUCCUCAGGGAUAUGAGAACCACAGCUUCAUCAGCCAGGAUGGGCAGAAACGCAGCAUCCUCUCCAUCACUUCAUGUCAGUGCCAGGAGUGAACACAGCGCCCUCUGCUGGAGAACUGCUCUUAACUGUGGCUUUCAAAGACUGGACCACGAGGCAAAAAAAAAAAAAAAAAAUGAAGGGGAAAAAAACAUAAAUUCUGGUCUUUUAGGGCCACUCUCCUGCAUGUUUUAAUGGUUUCGCUUCACUUUGUCGGGUCUUCAUGUUCUGCAGCAGCUUGUUAAUCACCUAUUCAUUCAAAUCAGCAGAGAAGCAUCUCAAGUUAUGAUAUAGCUAUCAAAAAGAAAACGUUGCAAACAAGUUCUAUUUAAUCAAACAAGAUAUCAGGGAUAAAAUAAAGAAAAUGGACAAGAAAAAAAAUCUAAAAUUUGACACACCGGUUUUGAAUGAGAGAGUGAUGAAGAGGCAGAACAUGAAGCUCUGCAGAAAAACAGACAAACUAAAACAUGCAGAGCAGGAGCCUUCAAGGACCGGACACCGCUUACUUAAAAAAAAAGCUAAGUAAUUGUAUAUUAUGUGUUAUAUGUACAGAUGAUAAUUUUGUAAAUUUAAUACAUUUUGUCCUAU